UAACAACGACAGCGAAGUUUUAUGACGCAGGAAUAACUUUGGGCCAUGGCUUCUAAAUUCUUGUGGAGUCCACCAUAUGAUUAAAAAACCGAAAGCAAGUAAACUUGUGAAAAAGACCCCCCAUAUUCCAACAACAGGGACUCGACCGUAAAAUGACCUGCUUGCGCACAAACUACAAAGGCAAACAGAAAACAAAAGGAGGUCUAAUAGCCUUAUGCUGCCCCUGCUACACCACCAUGGCUUCCUCCUCUCUCUCCAACACCAACUACAACAAUAUCGAAGAAAAUGAUGAAGGAAAACCUCCCCCACCGCCUGGUGAAAUACCGCUCAAAUGGCCCUCCAAUGGCGCGGUAAGCUUGGAAUGGGUGGAGUUGUUAGGCGCCACUUUCGACUGGUCUUCGAAACAUGUUGCUCCAUCGGAGCUGCCGUCAGUGCUGCCGGUGAAUGUCAUCGACAGUUUAAUAGUGGCGGCGUCCAAGAUUUUGCACAGGGAGCCCAACUGCCUUCAGAUCGAUGUGCCUGAAAAGGAUUGCAGCGUUGUUGUAGUGGGCGACGUGCACGGCCAAUUGCAUGAUGUUUUGUUUCUACUGCGGGACGCCGGGCCUCCGUCUGAUGGUCGCCUUUUUGUUUUCAAUGGAGAUUAUGUCGACAGAGGUGCGUGGGGACUCGAGACUUAUUUGUUAUUGCUCGCUUGGAAGGUUUUUCUACCUCAUAGAGUAUUUCUCCUCCGAGGGAAUCAUGAGUCAAAAUUCUGCACCUCUGUCUAUGGUUUUGAACAGGAAGUGAUGGCCAAAUAUGGAGAUCAGGGCAGGCAUAUUUAUCGUAAAUGUUUAGGCUGUUUUGAAGGACUUCCUUUGGCAUCUAUCAUUGCUGGUUGUGUUUACACUGCACAUGGAGGACUUUUUCGCACUGGUGAGUUGCCUUCAUUAAAAAGAUCAAAGGGAAAGAAGGGACGCAAGUUUGUCUCAGGUGCAGAUUCCAAAGUGUUAAAGCUUGGUUCUUUAGAUGAAUUAGCCAAGGCUCGGCGGGUAGUUCUUGAUCCACCUUGGGAGGGUUCAAACUUGAUUCCUGGUGAUGUGCUUUGGUCAGAUCCUUCAACUCAUCCAGGUCUUUCUCCAAACACAGAAAGAGGGAUUGGCUUAUUAUGGGGUCCAGACUGCACAGAACAAUUUUUGGACAAAAAUCAUUUAAAGUUGAUUGUCAGGUCACACGAAGGACCUGAUGCAAGGGAGAAACGAGCUGGAUUAGGAAGAAUGAAUAAAGGGUACACCAUUGACCAUGUUGUGGAAUCAGGCAAGCUGAUCACUCUUUUUAGUGCUCCAGAUUAUCCACAAUUUCAGGCAAGUACAGAACGCUAUAAUAAUCGAGGUGCAUACAUUGUACUGGAGCCACCUGAUUUUGCUACUCCAACUUUUCACACGUUUGAAGCUGUAAUGCCCAGGCCAAAGGUUAAUGCUUAUUAUGAUUAUGAGAAUGCUAUUGAUUCAGAUGAAGAGCUGGAUUUGGGUUCGAUUUCAGCAUAAUGGGAUAUUUGGAUUCUUGUGUUUGUAGUACACUUUUGUCUGAAUCAAUGUAUUUUAUUAGAUAGCUAGUGUAAAUGCUUUUCAAGUCUGCUGUUUCUAGCAGAUUGUAUCAUUUAUUUAUCAGAUUUUUGUUGUAAGGUUGCACUAUACACGAAGAAAAAUAACAGUAAAGUAUUUGUCAAUAUCUUCAAAGAAGAUAUUGUCUGAUCAAACAAAAGGUUGCAACAGCUAGUAUCAAUUUUUUGGGGUUUAAGUUUAUUUAUUAAUCAAGGCUGAUGUCAGCAAGUUGUCAGUAUCACAUUUUGGCAAUCUGCUAAAAUAUAGCCAUUGAUGGAGGAUAACCUUUAUAUUUUCUUCUUUAGUAAAUAUUUAUCAUAAUCAAGAUUUUCCUCUUA